UAGGAACCAUAACAGAAUCCGCAGAAGCGGCUACGUUAAGUGGCGGGCCAUAAUUCUAACUGAAUUCAUUCAACAACGAACCGCGAUCGGAGUCGGAACAACGCUACGAUAAAGAAAUUCAAAAUUGAAUAAUACAAAACUUAAACGGCUGAACCGAAAAAAAAAUCAGUUAACAACACAAGUAUUGUUUCAAAUAAUUGGCGGAAAUUUGACUCGAAUUUGUGCAAAGUAUUCAAAAUUGGUUGCCCAGAAACCCAACCAGGAACUAUGACUCUCAACUGCGCCCGGAUAGUGGGCCUUUUGGCCCUGUUAGUGGGCGUGGCCAGCGCCUUCGAUCACACCCUGAAGCGGGACUAUCCAGGACCUUACUGCGCCGUCCACAACACCUGCUGCAAGGACAGGCACGACGGCUGCUCGGUGCCCAUCUCCACCACUCUGUGCUAUUGUGACGAGUUCUGCGAUCGCGAUGACUCCAGCGACUGCUGUCCCGACUACCGAUCCUUCUGCUUCGGGGAGGCGGAUCCUUUGGUCACCUGCCUGCACAACGGCAACUACUUCACCAAGUUCAACAGCACGUGGGACAACUGCAAUGAGUGCCGCUGCCUGGACGGCGGACGGGUGCAAUGCGACACGGAGCUCUGCCUGACCGACGACGAGCUGAUCUACAGCGUGAACUCCAUCCACAACCUGGGCUGGUCCGCCCGGAAGUACAACGAGUGGUGGGGACACAAAUACGCCGAGGGUCUGCGCCUGCGUCUCGGCACCAAGGAGCCCACCUAUCGCGUCAAGGCGAUGACCCGCCUGACCAAUCCCACCGAUGGCUUGCCUAGCUCCUUCAAUGCCGUGGAGCGCUGGCCCAGCUACAUCUCUGAGGUGCCCGAUCAGGGCUGGUGCGGCUCCUCCUGGGUACUGUCCACCACCUCAGUGGCCAGCGAUCGCUUCGCCAUCCAGAGCAAGGGCAAGGAGGCCGUCCGCCUCUCCGCCCAGAACAUCCUGUCGUGCACUCGUCGCCAGCAGGGCUGUGAUGGCGGUCACCUGGACGCCGCCUGGCGCUUCCUGCACAAGAAGGGCGUGGUCGAUGACAGCUGCUACCCCUACACCCAGCAACGCGACACUUGCAAGAUUCGUCACAACAGCCGUUCUCUUAAGGCCAACGGCUGCAGGCCCUCUCCUAACGUGGAUCGCGACAGCUUCUACACCGUGGGUCCAGCAUACACUCUGAAUCGCGAGGGUGACAUCAUGGCUGAGAUAUAUCACUCCGGUCCCGUCCAGGCGACCAUGCGGGUCUACCGUGACUUCUUCUCGUACUCCGGCGGCAUUUACCGACAGACAGCUGCCAAUCGUGGAGCUCCCCAGGGCUUCCACUCGGUCAAGUUGGUUGGCUGGGGAGAGGAGCACAAUGGCGACAAGUAUUGGAUUGCUGCCAACUCGUGGGGUCCAUGGUGGGGCGAGCGUGGAUACUUCCGCAUCCUCCGAGGCAGCAACGAGUGCGGCAUCGAGGAGUACGUGCUGGCCUCCUGGCCAUAUGUCUACAACUACUACAAUGUGAAGUCGGCGGUUUAGGAGAAUUAGGGCCUAGAACGCCUCACACCGAGCAAUCUCGAGCAAUGCAGAAACGAAAACAAAUUUAUCUCAUGCUUCAAAAUUUUCCAUUUACCGUGAAUUAGGCGCUUUUAUCUAUAAUGUUUAUGUUUAGAAACUAGUGACUAAAAUGAUUAGCUUUAAGUUGCGCGAAUGCACAAGUUAACUGCCCACAGACCAGGCCCUGCCCCAAAAAAAAUUCGUUCACCCACUAACUGGACUCGAAACAACACAAAACUGCCACAUUAACCACCGCCUUUGUCCCAAAAAGAGAAACAAAACAAGAGAACUGCCACAACAGAAAGGAUAUAGGAAUCUUUUGAAUAGUUCCCGCCGGCAUCCAGACCCCUUGCAGCGCAUGUGAUUGAUGGAAAGAAGAAUAUUAUUGGAUCGUCGAGAGUCUGUCUUGUAAAUGGAAGCUAAGUUAACUGAUGGAUAGACCGAAGCAACAUUUACGGCUUAUAUAUUUUUAAUAAACGAAUUACUUUACAUGUUUA